AUGGAUCAAUAUCGCAUAAAUUCUUGGGAAGAUAUUGGUAAGAUCAAUUUCUCAGGUCUAUCUAUGGAAAAUAUUUGUCAAUUGCACUUUGCUGAUCUUGGCUUGGCAUUCGAAUUUUAUAAUUCAUAUGCCAAGACGAGGGGCUUCAGUGUGCGAAAGAGUGGGAGUAGAAUAGUUGAUGGAAAAGUUAGAGAAAAAGCAUAUGUUUGUUCUUGUGAAGGGUAUAGAUUAGAAAAAUGGAACCAUCUGAAAAAUCGAGUUAGGGAGCCAAAACCAGAGACAAGAUGUGGUUGUAUGAGUAAACUUGAUGUUUUCUUCGAUGCGGUAACUGAGAGUUGGGUAGUGAGAGAUUUUUGUGAUGAACACAACCAUGAGUUUGUUGUUCUAAAGUUAGCAAGAAUGUUAAGAUCUCACAAGAAAAUGACUGAGCCUGACAUUAGUCAAAUGAACCAUAUGAAAGAGGUGGAGAUCAUCAUACCAAACAUAUUUGGGUCAUUAGCUAGCCAGUGUGGUGGGUACGAGAACGUUAAUUUUUCAAUUAAGGAUAUGCACAAUCAAGUUGCGAAGAAAAGAAGACAAUUACCUGAUGAUUUAACCUCUGCAAUGGCUUACCUGGAAACGCUAGCAGCAAGGGAUCAAAACUUGGAUGUGCUAGCAUUUGACGCCAUAUAUAAGAAGAAUAGAUACAGAUUGCCGGUGGUAAUAUUCUUGGGAGUUAACCACCAUAAUCAAACCGUUGUAUUUGGUGCUGCAAUACUUUUGAAUGAGAGGAAAAGUACAUAUGUGUGGUUACUAAAACAGCUUCUCAUAGCAAUGAAGGGAAAUACACCGAUUUCAAUAGUUACGGAUGGUCAUCCAUCGAUGGCUAUUGCUAUUCAAGAAGUGUUUCUGAAUGCACAUCAUAGGUUAUGUGCAUGGCACUUGAUGUGUAAUGCAACAAGCAAUAUUCACAAACCUCAGUUUACGAAAAUGUUUACAAAGUUAAUGUUAGGUGAUUACGAAGUUGGUGUAUUCGAACAAAAGUGGGAGGAAAUGGUUGGAUGCUUUGGAGUGGAAGAUCGGGAAUGGAUAGUAGAUAUGUGUGGGAAAAGAAACAUGUGGGCUACCGCUCAUAUUUGA